UUCAGUUCUCAUGUUAUAUGUCAAAGGCUGGGUCCAAAGAAGCCUAGUCUCAGGACAGGAUCAUCAGCUGCAGUGUUUUCUGCAGGAGAUGUUGGGUUUUUGGUCUUCUCUGGGGACUGUAGCAAAAAACGUCAAGAAGAAAACAUCUGACUGAAAAGGUUCGGUUUGUUUGUGAGGAAUCAUCGGCGCAUGUUUGGACAUGGCGUGGAGACACAGCAACACAGCUGCGAUGAGCGGGAGCCAGCUUCAACCCAUCAGCGGGCCCAGCCCCACAAACAUGUCAAAAACCACCGCCAUUAAACUUCGAUACGUCUACGAUCCCAAGCCUCAACUUCCCAAGGCGCCGGUCCCGAUCCGCCCUCCGAGCCCGAGACCCCCCUCCGCAAUUAGGGACUCCAAGCUGAGCUCGCACAGCCAUCCGCCGACUAAAACAAUCAUGAGGAGACGAGCUCAGUCUCUCACCGUGCCCGCAGAGAGGAGGAGUCUACCCAGGAGCCCGCAGGUUCGCUUCGUGGACUCGCUGGGCCUGGACUUGGAGGAAGUGAAGGUGUUCAAAGUCAAAGAGCGACCGCUGAUACCCCAGCACGUUAUGUUCAGACUCCUGAUGAGCUCCGAGAUGGCCUUCGGGACGUCCCUGGAGCUGUCCCUGCCUCACUUCAAACCCUGUUUCCCCGAGAACCAGGGGACACAACCGGACUUCCUGGAGCGCCUGCACACGCAGUUUGUGUGUCUGGACCGGGUCACGUGCACGGAUUUGGGAAUAACAGGCAUGGUUCAAGUGCUGAAUUUAGACUACGAGAAAAAGGUGGACGUGCGCUACUCUUUUACCAACUGGAGAACAAGUGCGGACACGACAGCAUCCUGGGUGUCGAGCAGGUCCCAGGGGGACCACGGCGGUCCAGGGACGGACGUCUUCCGGUUUCGUCUACACGUGCCGCCUUUCAUUUUGCUGCCGGGAGGACUGCUGGAGUUUGCCGUCCGCUACCAUGUGAAAGGCUCUGAUCACUGGGACAACAACCACGGGCGCAAUUACAAACUGACGUGCCACUGCUACAAGGUGACCGUCCCAAGGGAAUGUGAGGACAGUAUGCUGCAUUUCACCUGAGUCUCCACACGGGGGCGAUGCAACAUUUGCACACAGACACGCCGCACCUUUUCCACACGCUUCCACUAAUGCCAACAAUGCUGUGAGACUGUUUACUCACAUGGCAGUUGAUUUUUAUUGACUUUUUAACCCCGAUUGUGCACAAAAGAGGAAUUUACUGCUAAAGUCCGCUGUUGGAAAACUUUAUGAAAACACUUUGAAAUGUAGAAGUAACCAAUUUACAUGAAAAUGUACUACCUUGUUUCACCUGUUAUAUAAACCCCGUUUCCAUAUGAGUUGGGAAAUUGUGUUAGAUGUAAAUAUAAACAGAAUACAAUGAUUUGCAAAUCCUUUUCAAGCCAUAUUCAGUUGAAUAUGCUACAAAGACAACAUAUUUCAUGUUCAAACUGAUAAACUUUUUUUUUUUUUUUGCAAAUAAUAAUUAACUCAGAAAAUCAUGGCUGCAACAUGUGCCAAAGUAGUUGGGAAAGGGCAUGUUCACCACUGUGUUACAUCACCUUUUCUUUUAACAACACUCAAUAAACGUUUGGGAACUGAGGAAACUAAUUGUUGAAGCUUUGAAAGUGGAAUUCUUUCCCAUUCUUGUUUUAUGUAGAGCUUCAGUCGUUCUCCACUGUUGUAUUUUACGCUUCAUAAUGCGCCACACAUUUUCCAUGGGAGACAGGUCUGGACUGCAGGCGGGCCAGGAAAUUACCAGCACUCUUUUUUUUUUUUUUUUUUUUUUUACAAAGCCAUGCUGUUGUAACACUUGUCUUGCUGAAAUAAGCAGGGGCGUCCAUGAUAACGUGUCUUGGAUGACAACAUAUGUUGCUCCAAAAUCUGUAUGUACCUUUCAGCACUAAUGGUACCUUCACAGAUGUGUAAGUUACCCAUGCCUUGGGCACUAAUACACCCCCAUACCAUCACACAUGUGUAAGUUACCCAUGUCUUGUUCACUAAUACACCCCCAUACCAUCACACAUGUGUAAGUUACCCAUGCCUUGUUCACUAAUACACCCCCAUACCAUCACACAUGUGUAAGUUACCCAUGCCUUGGGCACUAAUACACCCCCAUACCAUCACACAUGUGUAAGUUACCCAUGCCUUGGGCACUAAUACACCCCCAUACCAUCACACAUGCUGGCUUUUGAACUUUGCGCCUAAAACAAUCCGGAUGGUUAUUUUCCUCUUUGUUCUGGAGGACACCACGUCCUCAGUUUCCAAAUAUAAUUUGAAAUGUGGACUCGUCAGAACACCUUUCCACUUUGCAUCAGUCCAUCUUAGAUGAGCUCGGGCCCAGCCAAGCUGGCGGCGUUUCAAGAAUUUUUUGUAAAAUGGGUUUUGCUUUGCAUAGUAGAGUUUGAACUUGCACUUACAGAUGUAGCAACAUACUGUAGUUACUGACAGUGGUUUUCUGAAGUGUUCCUUAGCCCAUGUGGUGAUAUCCUUUACACAUUGAUGUCGGUUUUUGAUACAGUACUGCCUGAGGGAUCAAAGGUCCGUAAUAUCAUCGCUUACGUGCAGGGAUUUCUCCAGAUUCUCUGAACCUUUUGAUGAUUUUACGGACCGUAGAUGGUAAAAUCCCUAAAUUCCUUGCAAUAGCUCGUUGAGAAAUGUUGUUCUAAAACUGUUUGACAAUUUGCUUACAAAGUGGUGACCCUCACCCCAUCCUUGUUUGUGAAUGACUUAGCAUUUCAUGGAAGCUGCUUUUAUAGCCAAUCAUGGCACCCACCUGUUCCCAAUUAGCCUGCACACCUGUGGGAUGUUCCAUAUAAGUGUUCGAUGAGCAUUCCUCAACUUUAUCAGUAUUUAUUGCCACCUUUCCCAACUUCUUUGUCACGUGUUGCUGGCAUCAAAUUCUAAAGUUAAUGAUUAUUUGGACAAAAAAAUAAUGUUUAUGAGUUUGAACAUGAAAUAUGUUGUCUUUGUAGCAUAUUCAACUGAAUAUGGCUUGAAAAGGAUUUGCAAAUCAUUGUAUUCUGUUUAUAUUUACAUCUAACACAAUUUCCCAACUCAUAUGGAAACAGGGUUUGUAAGUAAGGGUGUCCCGAUACAACACAUACCGAUAUUGGAGCUUUGAGUAUUGGUCGAUACCAACAUUGAUCUAGUAGGAUAUCAGCUGGAAUUAAACAUACUCUUAUUAUUUUGUAGUACUGGAAUGUUAGAAAAGGUUUUAUCAAGAGAAAUUAGUCAAAUGGAAAGACAUCAACCUAUUUAUUAUCAACUGUCUGGAACAAACUUAUGCUAUUUUAAGUCGAAGUGGAGUGGCAAUUGUUUUUUCUUCUCACAGCUAAUUUGGUUAAGCUGAUGAUACAGCAAGUUCAAUGAUGCGGACACAUUUGUUACUGGAUACUUUCUAAUACGCUUUUGUCAGGGAGAUUUUGUAUCUGUGAGUAAUACAGCUAGAAUUACUUGCUACGUGCUUGUAUUGACAAUUGUUGUGUUCUACAAUGCAAUAUAUAUUCAAUUAAGGACACUUAUUACGUACUGUAUGACUAGCUUGUGCGCUAUUGUGCGCUUAGCUGUGGUGCAGCUGCAAAGCUCCCAGUAGCCUAGAGGCUGACAUUUUCACCUUUUUGUAAAUGACUUAAGUAAAAUACAAGAAAAUAUCAAAUGUGUGUGCUUAUUGGAGGACAUUUAGAUGCUAACUGGCUGUUCAGUUUUGCACAAGUAAACACGCUGCAGGACUGCUUGUGUUCAAUUUCUUUGCUGGUGUCGGACUGAUCGGGACACCCCAAGUUUUGGAAGUCAAGGCUGCUUUUUAUUUCUCAAACGCUCUCGUGCUUUGCCCAAUAAGUGAAGUUGCACAACAUUUAAAUGCAAUGAUUGUAAAUCUUAAAAAAUGCACAUUUGCCAAUAAAACUAGAGCACCUUGGUCUGUAUUUUCCAGACUAUAAGCCACAUCUUGUUUUUUUUUCCUACGCUGUGAAUCCUGCGGUUUAUAAAACCGUGCGGUUAGUUUACGGAUUGUUCUUCAGUUAACGGCCGUAAUGUUUUGGAUUCAAUAAACAGUUGACAGAGACACUGAAA